AGCGCGUGCUCGAGCUGGUGUUUUAUUGGGAUCUUUAUUUAGGAGGUGGGCUAAGGGAGCUGUGUGCUUUGUUACUCCAUCAAGUCAUCUUUUUUGUUUAUUUUUUACCUUUUUACUACCUCUUUCAAUUAACUAUGUCGCCUGCUGGUGCUCAGAAGAGCAGUUCUCUGACGUUGGUGCUAAUGGUUGCGUCUGCAGCCUUUGGAGGAACUCUUCAAUAUGGCUACAACCUCGCCAUCAUGAAUGCUCCCACAACUUUUAUUCAAACCUUUAUCAAUGAGACGUUCUUGGAGCGCUGGGACGUCCAGCUGGAGGACUACCAGGUGACUCUGCUCUGGACAAUUAUUGUCUCCAUCUUCUGUUUGGGGGGCUUUGCGGGGGCUCUUAUCGCAGGACCUAUGACCAUACGCUUCGGCAGGAAGAAAUGCCUGUUGUUGAACAACAUUUUCCUCCUGACUGGAGCGCUCCUAGCUCUUACAAGCAGAGCUGCCAAGUCUUUUGAGAUGAUCAUUAUCUCACGUGUCCUGGUUGGAAUAAAUUCGGGGAUCAGCAUGAAUGUGCAACCCAUGUAUUUUGGAGAAAGUGCACCAAAGCACCUAAGAGGGGCCGUCUCCUUGUCGUCAGCUGUUUUCACAGCGUUUGGUGUUGUGUUAGGACAGGUGGUCGGACUCAGAGAGAUCCUGGGCAGUGAGCCGUAUUGGCAGUAUCUUCUUGCCAGUAAUGCCAUUCCUGGCUUCGUCCAGCUCCUCACGCUGCCGUGGUUCCCUGAGAGCCCCAGAUACCUGCUCAUCGACCGGGGGGACAAGGAGGCUUGUAUCGACGCUUUGAGACGGCUGCGAGGCUGCGAGGUCCAGAGCAGCGAGCUCGAUGAGAUCCUGCAGGAACAGGCUGAAACCAAAGGCAUGAGGCCCCGCCGACCCUGGGAGCUUUUUACUGAUCGCUCAGUGCGCUGGCAGCUCAUCUCUGUCAUGAUCAUCAGCAGCGCCAUGCAGCUCUGUGGAAACGACUCGAUUUACUUCUAUGCAUCAUAUGUGUUCAAAGAGGCUGGAAUAUCUGAUGAUAAAAUCCAAUAUAUCACAAUUGGCACGGGUACAUGUGAAUUCACAGCCUGUAUAAUGUCUAACUUGCUGAUAGACCGGAAAGGUCGGAGGUUCCUGCUGAUGGGAGGGUACAUCCUCAUGACCGUCUGGGCUGUUGUCUUCACUAUUGCUCUGUCGUUUGAGCACCUCAUAUCCUGGAUGCCAUACCUGAGCAUGGGCUGCAUCUUUACCUACAUCCUCAGCUUUGGCAUGGGACCAGCUGGAGUGACGGGCAUUCUGCCGACAGAGAUCUUCAAUCAGACGGCUCGGCCGGCAGCCUACAUGAUCGCUGGCUCCAUGAUGUGGCUCAACCUUUUCGUCACCGGGAUGCUCUUUCCAUUUCUAGUGAGCGAGUUGAGUCAGUACUGCUUCGUGCCUUUCGCAGCGGUCUGCCUGCUGUCAGCGCUGUUCGUCGGCCUGUUUCUGCCUGAGACCAACGGGAAGUCUCUGUCCGCCAUCACAAGUGAAUUCAACAAGCUCAACUACAAAGGCCAAGAGGACAAGUGUCCGUCGCAGACUAAAGCUCAGUAUCAGCUGGGUGAAGUGUGUCUGUCCACGGCCUUGUAGACAGACCUUUUCCUCCUAAAACACACACACUGUCACAUCCACUGUUUUAUGCCUCACUGAUCUGCUCGAGCUGGAAGACGUCAUGAACGGGAGAAUGGAUCUAUUAUCACUCCUUCAUCUUGAGUGUGUUUUCUGUUGAGAGAAUUUAAAGGACUUAUCUUUGUCAUCUUCACAUGCUGCACUUGUGUUUUGCUACUUUGUGUCACUGAUUGACACGAGACUAAAGUAAUUAAAAUGACUGUAUAUUGGCAGAAGACAAUGUACAGUUUUUUGUUUUUGUUUAAUGGGACAAAGAAUAAAGUUGUCGUCCGUGCUACCAGUCAAGCUAUUAAUGACUAUGGCAAACUUUGUCCUUGCUUUAUCCGCUCAUUUGGGAGGUCAAAGCUCAACAUCAGCGACCUACAGAGUACUGAAGUCGUUGCUGUGUGGCAGGUGAUGGACCAAAUACCAGAGAAUGUAUUUAGAAACAAAGAGUUAAUUUGCACCUUAUUAAUUAUAAACUACAUCCAUCAGUGUGUACACCUCAUUCAUAAAAAGAGGUAUCAUGAUGUUGAGCAUUGAUGUGUUCAGUAAUGACAUGAGUGGAAUAUGUGCAAUUGUUUAUGUUGACGUUUUUGUUUUAAUGAUAAAACACGGAGCCAAUAAAAGUAUCUUAUAUUAACAA